AUGGUUCUCAGAUCUUUUGGGGCGUCAACUGGAUUUCUUGAUAACCUGUGGAAGCAGAUUUGGAGUUUAAAAAUUCACCUCAAGGUUCGGCACUUUAUGUGGCAGGCGUUGAAUCAUUCUUUAGCUACAAAGGAAGCUUUAUUCUCUCCUAAGUGUGCUGCUGAUCCUUUGUGUCCAAUUUGCAAGGAAAAUCUUGAAACUAUUGAACAUUUGCUGUUGUUGUGUGAAUGGUCCCAUAAAGUCUGGCAUGGAUCUUACUUAUCAUUAAUUAUGGACCCCAUGCAUGUAACAUCUUUUGAAGCUUUGUGCUACUCUUUUCUGGUUGAAGAUAGUCCCUUAGAGGAUUAUGAUAAGGCUUAUAUUGCUUGCGUAUAUUGGAAUAUAUGGAAGACUCGUUCUGCAUUAGUCUGCUCUAUAGUGGCAUUGAACCCUUUGCAAGUCAUAGAAUCAUCUAAUGCUACUGUUGAGAAGCAUUGGAAAAUUAAUUGUAAUGUUGUACCUCCCUUAUUCUGCCCAAAAAUCUCAAUUGACAAAUAG